CCCAGAGCGCCCCGCGCCACCGGGCGCCUACCGGACCCGGACGCUGUGCUGGGUGGCGGGCCUCGCCGGGCCGGUUUCCCGGCGGCGACGGCGGCGCGAUGGACAGCCCCGAGGUCACCUUCACGCUGGCCUACCUGGUGUUCGCCGUGUGCUUCGUGUUCACCCCCACCGAGUUCCACUCGGCCGGGCUCACGGUGCAGAACUUGCUGUCGGGCUGGCUGGGCAGCGAGGACGCCGCCUUCGUGCCGUAUCACCUGCGCCGCACGGCCGCCACGCUGCUGUGCCACUCACUGCUGCCCCUCGGCUACUAUGUGGGCAUGUGCUUCGCAGCCUCGGAAAAGCAGCUCUACUACCCCAGCCAGACCCCGGAAACCUGGCGGGCCUUCCUCCUGCUAGCGUUGAUGCUGCCCGCUAUCGCCUGCACCCUGAUCUACUAUUGGUCCCGGGACCGGUGGGCCCGCCACCCCCUGGCCCGCACCCUGGCCCUCUAUGCCCUUCCACGGUCGGGCUGGCGGGCAGUGGCUUCCUCCGUGAACACGGAGUUCCGGCGGAUUGACAAGUUUGCUACGGGGGUGCCGGGUGCCCGGGUGAUCGUGACAGACACGUGGGUGAUGAAGGUGACCACGUACCGCGUGCACGUGGCCCAGCAGCAGGACGUGCACCUGACCGUGACGGAGUCCCAGCAGCAUGACCUCUCCCCAGACUCGAACCUGCCCGUGCAGCUCCUCACCAUCCGCGUGGCCAGCGCCAACCCUGCCGUGCAGGCCUUCGACAUCCGGCUGAACUCCACGGAAUACGGCGAGCUGUGUGAGAAGCUCCGGGCGCCCAUCCGCAGCGCGGCCAACGUGGUCAUCCACCAGAGCCUGGGCGACCUCUUCCUGGAGACCUUCGCCUCCCUGGUGGAGGUCAACCCGGCCUACUCGGUCCCCAGCAGCCAGGACCUGGAGGCAUGCAUCGGCUGCAUGCAGACUCGGGCCAGCGUGAAGCUGGUGAAGACCUGCCAGGCGGCGGCUGAGGGCGAGUGCCAGCAGUGCUACUGCCGCCCCAUGUGGUGUCUCACCUGCAUGGGCAAGUGGUUCGCCAGCCGCCAGGACCCGCAGCGCCCCGACACCUGGCUGGCCAGCCGCGUGCCCUGCCCCACCUGCCGCGCGCGCUUCUGCAUCCUGGACGUGUGCGCCGUGCGCUGAGCCCCCUGGGGGGACCCUGCGGCCGCCUGCAGGGGCAGAUAGGCCUCUGGGCCCUCCUCGGUGCUGCUGUGGGUGGCUCUUCGGUGCGGCCACUCAUUGGUGCCCGAGGCUGCAGAAGGGCCCGGCUGCGGUUUCGGCAGAAUCUUUCUGCUGGAGUUCUGUCCCUGGCAGCGGGGUGGUCUUCAGCACCUCUGACUCCUUCACUCUGUGUUCUUCCGACUAGGGGUCAGUGCUGGGCACGCAGAACAUGGUGUUGGAUCCAUCUCCAGAGCAUUCUGGGGCCCCCAAGCUGUGUCUGGGCAACCCCUUGGUCGGCCCCAGAUGACCCUAACCUAGCCACUUGCCUUAAAUGUAUGGGGCACAAAAGUCUUAACUGCUCCUCAAUUACGUGACAGACCUGAAUUUGUCUAAGACUGCAGUCUGUCAUGCUUCCGUCCCCAGGCUGGCUGCUGGCCCUGUGGCAUGGACGCCCUCCACUCCCCACGAGGCCACUCUGAGGACCUGGUGCAGAGCCUGGUGGUGGAGGGCACGAGCAUUGCCCAGGAUCUCCUGGUGAUCGCAGCCAGCCAAGAGCGCCCUCCUGCGGGGGGGGUGGCCCCUAUCUGCCCCCUACCCAGAGCCUCCUCAGGCUUUCCAUCAGGGGCUGUUUUCACCUGCCUUUCCCUUAGCCGAGUGCAUGUGGGGCUGCCCACCCCUUCGAGGGGCCUGUGACCACGUGCCUUCUGGUGCUCCCGCGAGUCCAGGGAAUGGGCUGUCUCAGACUCCUGGUUGCACGGCAACAUCUUGUGUCCAGACAGCAAGAUGGUGGGGGCCCAGCAUGAGGCUCCCCGCAGGCCCACCCACUUCAGAAGGGACGUGCCCCGCAGUCAAGGCAAUGACAGCCCUCUUCCCAGUUCUUGGUGGUGAGGUGGGGUGCAGGGAGGAAAGUGUUAGGCUCCUGGGUACAACUCUGAAUGUGGCUGUUGGCGGGGCCCUAAGCCUCCUAAACUUGGUCCUUCUAAGCAGGUUAGAUGGAAUCAGCUGGCUCAACUCGCCCGAGGCUACACCAAGCCCAGGGAUUUGGAAGUGAGCAAGCCCAGAUUCAUGGUCUUCCGGGGGCACCCACAGGGGACAGCCAUCAGAAGGGCAGCCAGGAGCCAUGCCCAGCCUCAGCCUGGAAUUUCAAACCCUGGCAAGGGAGAGCCAGGCCUGGGGUUGUCUUUUCUAGAAGAGAAGGUUACUUAGUUUUAUAAAGAUAUGUCUAUUGUAGCAAAGUGAUAUGCUAUUGAAUAAAAUGUUAGUAUGAAGUUAUCAA